AUGCGUAUCACGCAUCAAAUUCUAGGGAUUAAGGAACUGUAUCGCCCUGCUGAUGGAAUACCGGAAGUCGACAUUGUUGCUGUACAUGGCCUCAAUGGCCAUGCCACUGAUACGUGGACGGCGCAGGCACAGGGAAUUUGCUGGCUAAAUCACCCGGACUUUCUUCCGAAAUAUCUCCCACGAGCUCGGGUCCUUGUCUGGGGAUAUAAUGCAAAAAUAGCAUCUGUCCUGGGGGGCCGGACAAGCUCAGACCGAAUUCUACAGCAUGCUCAGACACUGGUCCAUCAAUUAGAAGCUGACCGAGACUUGGAAAGUGCAACACGCCUCACCGCGCCGAAGCGGGUUGUGAAUUUCGAGAACAACCUCGUGAAUGCUCUCGAAGAGCAGUCGGAGACUCUGCAAAAUAUUACCGACCAAUUUUCACCACUCAUGGCUGAGUUCCGAAUAUAUUUUUUCUGGGAGCAGGAACGGACGGAUCUCAAAUAUACAGUAGACUACAUUGUCGAGGAAUCGAGCGCAGCACCGAUCCUAGAUAAUACAGAACGGUGCGGAAUCGCCGCCGAUCAUCGUGGAAUGUGCAAAUUUCACAGCAACGGCCAGCAAGGGUUUCGCACCGCGGUGGCUGCGCUUCGACGGUAUGCUCGAGAGGCUCCAGAAGCCAUUCAGCUUCGACACACCAGGGAGACGGAUUCCAGAUAUGAGAACCAGCUGUUUCAGGCUGCUGAGCUUUUGAGAUCUAGUCCACCACCUGACAAAUCUCCCGGGGCUACUAGGUAUAUUCUUGAUCCUAUGAGGCAACCACUCGGGCACGCCAUAGGGAUAAAUAAAUGGUUUGCUAUUCCUGAACAAUAG